CUCGGAGUGCUGUUGUAUGGUGCGGGGUGUGUAGGGUUCGUGUUUUUGGUUUAUCUAUCACCGGCCAAGCUGGAGCAUCUUGCGCUAGUGUAUUUCGAAUCAUGUACAGGGAUUUAAUAUGCAUUCAUCACUGUGGUAAAAAAAUAUUUACGCUCGAUCAACUUUUCAAUUGUCCCCUUUGUAAUAAAGCUCUAGGAGUAGGAUGGGAUGAUACACCGUUGAACUUACCUAGUCCUUUCAUAAGAGCUGUUCAAAAUCCUUGCUCGAUUGUUUUGCGACCAUCUGGGGGAGAUUUUUUAAGUUCCUUCCAAAACAAUGAUGAUUUACAUAUAGGAAUAACUUCCUCAAAAGGAGCUAUCGUAGAGUACGACAUAUAUGGAAUAUUAAAAACGCCACCGAAAGCAGACCCAUCUACAGACAAAUGGAAUCAAUGUCUUCUGAUUGCCCAAGUAUCAGAGCCAUGGUUUGACUGGUGGGAUGAGGUACUGGAGCAGAUAUCAACGGACGAAAAGUGGCGCAAAGAAACGUAUGAUGAAAAUUCCCAUAACUGCUACUCAUUCGUGUUGAGUUUUCUGAACGCUGUAGGGUACAGUGAACUAUCAACUCACUGCCAUGAUAGGUUUUCAUUCAGCGAGAAAUUUAUUGUUGUUAAGACACAAAAUGCAGCCAAAUAUAUCUCCAUUUACCGGAAGCUUCAAAUAUAUCGAUAUUUUAUUGAUGAAGAUUGCGCAAAAUGACUCACAUGUUGCGUAUUUUAACUACUAAUUCUACGAUGCAAACAGUUCAGACAGUAUGAUGUUAAGUGAAUGUGGAAA